AUGUCUACAGAGACGAAAGCAUCUGCCCAGAUAGUCAAAUUGGACCCAUCUCCUCCAUCCCCAUCACAUAAACAAUCCACAACUACUGUACCCCAGAGUGAAUAUCUUCAGCCACCCCCGAUAUCCUCACACAAUAUCCGUCCUCACCGGCGCAACACGACCGGUUCCGUUGCUCCCAUCAGUGUCAUCCCAGCGCGAACUACACGCGCCUCCCUCACCUCUCAGUACAAUCAGUACCCUUCUCAGUCGCAUUCAUAUUCUUACUCAAAUCAGCUGUACGAUGAUAGCAUAAUCCAACCUUCUGAUAAUGUCGAAGACGAUAUUCAGGCGCAUGCGGAAAAGAUAAGAAGAGAAAGGCAGGAGAAGAGGGCGAAACAGGCAGAAGCAGAAGCAGCGCUUACGCGAGAAGCAGGUUUGAGAAGAGAGACGACUGUUGGUGGCGCACGCAAGGGAGAGAAUUAUCCUCUUGUAGGUAAUCUCAUUGGAGAGGACCAUGUCAACUACGUAUUGAUGUACAACAUGUUGACUGGGAUUCGUAUCGGAGUGUCCCGAUGUCAGGCAAAAAUCAAACGGCCUUUGACAGACGAAGAUUUCGCUGCGAAACAUAAAUUUAGUUUUGAUAUCGUUGGUAACGAAUUAACACCAUCCGCGAAAUACGACUUCAAAUUCAAAGAUUAUGCACCCUGGGUGUUCCGUUCCUUACGAGAAGACUAUUUUCACCUUGAUCCCGCCGACUAUUUACUCUCUCUAACUUCGAAAUACAUUUUGUCAGAACUCGGUAGUCCAGGGAAGAGUGGUAGUUUCUUCUACUUCUCAAGGGAUUAUAGAUUCAUCAUCAAAACGAUACACCACAGAGAACACAAAUUCUUGCUGCGUGUUUUAAAAGAUUAUUACAAUCACGUUUCAACCAACCCGCACACCCUUGUCUCUCGGUUCUAUGGUCUUCAUCGGGUGAAGCUUCCUCGUGGUCGCAAGAUUCAUUUUGUUAUCAUGAACAAUCUGUUCCCACCUCACAAAGAUAUACAUGAAACGUAUGACCUGAAAGGAAGUACUGUCGGGCGGCUUUGGCGAGCAAAUAAUCCCGAAGCUGAUGAAAAGGCGCAGACAGAGACCUCAAACUCGGAGAAAGAAAGGCGAAAGGAGAAGAAGAAGUCGAGCCCUGUGUUGAAAGACUUAAAUUGGAUCAACGGGCACCACAAACUGGAGUUAGGUCCAGAGAAGAGAGCGUUACUGACUGAACAAUUACGGCGGGAUAAAGAAUUUCUCAAGGCUAUUUCGGUAAUGGAUUACUCUCUCCUGGUGGGAAUACACAACAUGCAACGUGGAAACCGGGAUAAUGUGCGUCGAAAGACACUGAAGGUUUUCGAGCCAGCCAUUUCCAAGGAACUUGCGCGUAGUGUCUCAGCCGUAGGCGGCGGUUAUACAACAACACCGGAAGCUAUCGCCAUGCGUCAUGCAAUGCGAUCCUCAGAUCCUAAAGCGCUUUCCCUUCCUUCCAACUCGGGUGCAGAUAACCGAUUAAAUUUUAUCUUCUAUCAAGACGAAGGAGGUUUAAGGGCUACGGAUGAAGAGAACCGAGAAAUGGCAACGAUAUAUUAUCUAGGCGUCAUCGACAUCUUAACACCAUGGGGAACAGGGAAGAGGAUAGAAAACUUCUGGAAGGGCUUGAGUGCGGAUCGACACAAGAUAUCCCCUGUUCCACCGAGUGAGUACGCCGAACGGUUCUUCAAGUUUAUGAAAGCAAUCAUGAAAGGAGGUGAAGGUAAUGCUGAGGAUUUCGUGUAAUGAACACAUUUGAUGUACUUGCUUCGUUCGAUUCCUUAUAUGAUAUGUAUAUUCAUCUUUUCCUUCCCGCUGUGGACUUAAAAACCGCUUUGCCUUUUUUUUCCAUUUAUUUCCUCUAGCAUGAGAUUUUCUCCGCCCCAUUUUCAACACCACCAUAUCCCUGUUUAGACUCUGCCCGGCCUCUAUGUUCUCCGUGCCUCUUACCUUUUAUCAUUAUCAUUCUGUGUCAUACAUUUAACCAGAUAAUUUGCAGUCUGCCGCUUCUUGCCCCCGCACUAGUCAUGACACCCGUAAUUUCCUACCUUACCUUUUUCGUCUUUCCCAUUCCUGUUUUCUCCACCCUACCACUCGUCACUCCUUAGGUCGCCUUCUUGUUCCCCCCCUACCAUAUUUAUCCCCCCCCCUCUCUCUUUCUCUCUCUCUCUCUUUCUCUCUCUCUCUGCGUUCUCCCGCUCCAUGGGUUCCCGCGCCUCGCU